AUGGCCAACUGGGAAGCUCUAGUGAAGUGGUCGUUAAAGUACCAUGAUGGAACGAGGAGCGAGCCGCGGAUGGACGACGAGGUUGGGUCUCUCGCUAGCAUGAUAGCAUAUUACCUGCAGCCAAUGGCUCACAGAGGCUUUUCUGCUUAUAAUGUUUGCAAGAGUCUCUUGAUGUCUGUCCCUCAGCGUCGCCGGUGGUUGCAGGAGGCUCUGCAGGCCGUAGCUUCGGCUCCGACAGAGUCUCAGUUACUGCAGGCAGCGCUGACAGUCGUGAGAGCCCAUAGUCCAGCGGGAGGAGAUGUGGGAGAGGAGGAGGGAGAGGAGGAGGAGGAACAUCUACUGAGAACCUUUGAGGAGAUACAGUACCCUCAUUGA